AUGUCACAAGUGCCAGAUAUUUGCCAACAUUAUUCACAUUCCUCCCAUGGAACUCCAUUCAUUGAAUGCUCCCUGGCCAUCUCCACAUGGGGCAUUGAUAUCAUAGGGAAGAUGACACCGAAAGCAUCCAACAGACAUAAAUUCAUCCUCGUCGCCAUAGAUUAUUUCACCAAAUGGGUGGAAGCACAAUCUUACGCCGUCUUGACAACUGCGAAGGUAGAAAAGUUCAUCAAGGAAAAUAUCAUAUGCAGAUACGAAUUGCCACACGACCUCAUAUCCAAUCAGGGAGAACAUUUUUUGGAAAAAAUAGAUAAGUUUUGUGCCAAGUUUGGUAUCAAGAGACACUGGUCUAUAACUUAUAGCCCACAGGCUAACGGAGCAGUGGAAGUAGCCCACAAAAAUGCCAAAGUCAUAUUGCAAAAAAAGGCUGAUACUCAUAGAGAUUGGGCAGACAAGCUCCCAUAUGCGUUAUGGGCUUAUCGGACUUCCAUUUGA